GCCGCUGCGUCCCCACUAUGGCGGCGCCCAUGCAGCCCACCGCGUUGUGGGCGCCCGCCGGGGUCCCCCGCGGCUGCCGCCGCCGCCUGCGCCGCCGCCUCCGCCUUCCCGCCCGCGUGGGGCGGGGCGCCGCCUCUCCCCUGCCUCCCUCUCCGCUGCGGUCAUGUAGGAAAUCGUAAAUCAUGCGAAGAUGGGACUCUUGGUAUUUGUGCGCAAUCUGCUGCUAGCCCUCUGCCUCUUUCUGGUACUGGGAUUUUUGUAUUAUUCUGCAUGGAAGCUACACUUACUCCAGUGGGAGGAUUCCAAUUCAGUGGUUCUUUCCUUUGACUCCGCUGGACAAACACUAGGCUCAGAGUAUGAUCGGUUGGGCUUCCUCCUGAAUCUGGACUCUAAACUGCCUGCUGAGUUAGCCACCAAGUACGCAAACUUUUCAGAGGGAGCCUGCAAGCCCGGCUACGCCUCAGCCUUGAUGACGGCCAUCUUCCCCCGGUUCUCCAAGCCAGCACCCAUGUUCCUGGAUGACUCCUUUCGCAAGUGGGCUAGGAUCCGGGAGUUUGUGCCGCCGUUUGGGAUCAAAGGUCAAGACAAUCUGAUCAAAGCCAUCUUGUCAGUCACCAAAGAGUACCACCUGACCCCUGCCUUGGACAGCCUCCGCUGCCGCCGCUGCAUCAUCGUGGGCAAUGGAGGUGUCCUCGCCAACAAGUCUCUGGGGUCACGGAUUGAUGACUAUGACAUUGUGGUCAGACUGAACUCAGCACCAGUGAAAGGCUUUGAGAAAGACGUGGGCAGCAAAACAACACUGCGCAUCACCUACCCCGAGGGCGCCAUGCAGCGGCCUGAGCAAUACGAGCGAGACUCUCUCUUUGUCCUCGCUGGCUUCAAGUGGCAGGACUUCAAGUGGUUGAAGUACAUCGUCUACAAGGAGAGAGUGAGCGCAUCAGAUGGCUUCUGGAAAUCUGUGGCCACUCGAGUGCCCAAGGAGCCCCCUGAGAUUCGCAUCCUCAACCCGUAUUUCAUCCAGGAGGCUGCCUUCACCCUCAUCGGCCUGCCCUUCAACAACGGCCUCAUGGGCCGGGGGAACAUCCCAACCCUUGGCAGCGUUGCAGUGACCAUGGCACUACACGGCUGUGAUGAGGUGGCAGUUGCGGGCUUUGGCUACGACAUGAGCACACCCAAUGCACCCCUGCACUACUAUGAGACUGUGCGCAUGGCAGCCAUCAAAGAGUCCUGGACACACAAUAUCCAGCGAGAGAAAGAGUUUCUGCGGAAGCUGGUGAAAGCACGUGUCAUCACUGACCUAAGCAGUGGCAUCUGAGUGGGCCCAGCACAUGGCCAUAGCGGCCCAGGCGCCACCAGGAGCAAGCAACAACCACCACCACCUAUGCAGGAGUCUUCAGACCCAGAGAAGGACAGUGCCAAGGGGCCCCAGGGGCAGCAAGGCCUUGCGGAGCAGCCAGAGCUGUGCCUGCCCAGAGGCCAGCCUCAGAGACCAGCGGUCAGCCUCACUCGGCCUGGGUCCGCCAAGCCAGAGGGCCAGCAGGCCAAGGCUGUGCCCAGCAGGCCAAGGCUGUGCCCAACAGGCCCAGCAUGCAGGAGGUGGGACAUUAGGCAGCAAGGCUGCUGCCGGAAUCAUUUCUCCAAUCAGUGUUUGGUGUAUUAUCAUUUUGUGAAUUUGGGUAGGGGGGAGGGUAGGGAUAAUUUAUUUUUACAUAAGGUUGGAGAUGUCAAAUUUGGUCCACUUGCUGUGCAGAAAGGGGCCCACUAGAGGGCCCAUCAGGCAGUGGUACCAGUAAGCUCCCUGCAGGGCGAGAGGGCCAUGACCUGCCUGUACCCUGCUCCAGGGCUACAGUGGGGUGGGCAGGAUCUCAUGCCAGCACCCCCAGCUCAUGACACUGUUUGGCCUUUCUUGGGGAGAAGAUGGGGUUUUCCCACUCACUAGUCCCUAGCUGUCCCACAGGGAAACUCUGGAGCCAUCCCUUCCCAGCCAAGAAGACAGCCCCCAGGCCAGAGCAGAGAGAACUUUAAGGCUCAAGAGGUGUGGCCCGGCUCAGCCUGAUGGGAAUGGCCCCCCUUCCCCCCCAGCUGCAACUGAUCCAUACACUAGUGCCCAGGCGUGGACUGACCAACUUGCUGGAUGUUCUGGGUUUCAGCAAUGAGACUGCCAGGUCUUUGGGUUCUGCCUUUAGCCUGGACCAGAGGGAAGUGAGGCCCGAGGACCUUGCCCAGGCUGUGGCCGCCAUCCCAGGCAGCCCUCAUGGAAGCAAUAAAGCUCUUCCCUGAGUCCGG